AUGAGGUUGGCGAGGUGGAGGAAGAGAAAGUGCGUUGCUGAUGAUAGGAAUUAUGAACCCAAUUCCUGGAUCAGUGCCACGAAGAAAAGAAGAAACUAUACUAAUACUAUCCAAGUGGACGAAGAAAUGCUGGAUAAGGAGUAUAAGGUUUUUCUUGAGGGUUUAGAUCUGCAUGGUGGUGAUGAUGGUCAAGAUUAUCAUGACACUAGGUGGAUAGUUGAUGGGGAUGUUCAUUCUAAUGCUCAGUUGAUGGAUCAUGGUGAUGUCAACCUAAAUGGUAGGUCUGUGGAUAGCGAUGAUUUUGAUGAUGAUGUGGAUCCUCAGUAUAAGAUAUUAUUGGAAAAUCUGAAGGAAUAUGGAAAGUCCUAUGUAUUGGUGGUUGUUCGAGAGAAUGAGAAUUUGGAGCGGAUAAAGUAUGAACAAGAAGAUGGGGAACUAGACGAGGCCAAUUUAGAUACCCCAGAAACUGUGAAAAAAUCUGAUGAGGGCAUCUUUGUCAAACCCAUUAGGAUUUACAAAAGAAAGGCAAUUCAUCCCUGUCCUACAUCAAUAUCUCAUGUGAAAGAGAAGACUGAAAUAAAAAAAACUAGCCCAAGAACUGUUAGGUAUGCUAUGAGGAAAAAAACAAGGGGAAGUCUGGAAGAUUCAGAGGGUCUGCCAAAUAAAAAGAGUUUAGGGGUGAAGAAGAAUGUAAAAGUGGAAGCUAUGGAUCCUGUUUCCGAUAGGACAAAAGGGCGUUCUAAUAAAAUUCAUGGUGUAGAGGUUCCCACUACUCAAGAAACUUUAAAAAGUUCUCAUUUGAAGAAGAAGAAAGUAAAUAAGAAAGGUGCAGAUAGUAGGACAAAGGGGCAUCCUGUUAAAAGACCUCAUUUGGCCGAGCAUGGACACAACCAUGGAGCUGUGUCUGAUCAAAUAGACUUGGACUAUCAAGAGGUUCUAGAUGGUCUAAGAAAAUAUGGUGGAAAGUGGGUGUAUACACCUACAACUGCUGGACCAGUGGCAUGUGUACUUGAGGAGGAUGUGGAGAGUUCAUCUGUAGAAAUUAAGAAAGAACCAUGCGAUGAGUAUUUUACCUCAUCUACAGUUGUAUGCAUCUUCCCUGUUUCAGCUUUGGUGGGCGUAGACGGUGGAUGGUGCAUUGAAACUUGUGAUACAAGUCAUGCCCAGUUUAGGAAGGGGCUUAUGAAGGAUCUUAAACGGCCUUAUGACGAAAAAGAGUAUAAAAGGCUUUUGAAACAACUGAACCGACGAAGGUCAGUGUCAGGGAAAUUAAGGGCUUCAUAUCGAAAGCAGCACAUAGUCCUAGCAAGAAAGCUUGAUGCUGCUAGCAGCGACUGCCCUAGAAUUUUGAAUCUUUUGCGUGGAUUUUUCUACUGGCUGAAGAAUGUGGCCCACGAAGGAAGCUUCUGUCCUUGGAAGGACUCGUCUUGUUUGAAGGUGUUGCCUCAAAUUGUGAUGGAAGCUCAGUUGUACAGAUUAGGCUGGGAAGAGUGUUGUGGUGGUGGUGGUGGUAAGGUGUUAGCAUGA